UUACACAAGUGUUUAAAAUGUUUCAGGGUAUGAAUGCCAAAUCGAUUGUUGGGUAGAAAAUAUAUUUAGAGACACUGAAGAAAAAAUUUCAAAUUGACUUCGGUCCAGUUCUAGCACUGUACCCUCAUACACCACAGCUCUGUCAAAAGAGGAGCAAGCUUGUGCUCUGGGCUUGUAGAUAUGAAACGUCCCAUACUUUUCUUUUCUUUCCUUCCCUAUAGGAUAUGCUUUCCUACAUCAAUCAAAACGGGCCGUUUACAGAAGGCAUCUUCAGAAAAUCAGGCAAUAUACAAUCACGCAGGGCCCUAAAGGAGAAACUAAACUCUGGGGACAAAGUGAACUUGGAUGAUGAAUCCAUUCUUGUGGUAGCAUCCACCUUAAAGGAUUUUCUUCAAAAUAUUCCAGGAAGCAUAUUUUCAGCCACUCUCUAUGAUAAAUGGCUUGAUGUUAUUGAUCAAGGGAAUGAGGAGGAGAAAAUAACUGCGACCCAGAGGCUUCUAGACCAGCUGCCAAGAGCCAAUGUAGUUUUUCUGCGAUACCUUUUUGGAGUGUUACACAACAUUGAGCAACAUUCCUCAUCCAAUCAGAUGACAGCUUAUAUUUUAUCAGUGUGUAUGACCACAAGCAUUCUUGGUCUGCUUAAUUCUGGCAGCACAGCAUUCGAAAACUUCACCAAGAAGGUAAUGAGAGCUCUCAUUUUUAUGCCUUGCAGGGCAGAGUCCCCAUUUUGAACCUGAAGUCUGUGGUAUUAACUCUGGUGAACCAGAUGUUUAAAGUGCACUUUUUAAUUACACUGCCUUGGACUGGCAGAGGCCUGCUCUGGUUGGGCAUGGGAAGGUGUGUUGCAACUGAGAACAGUCGAGUCACUUCUCCUUUGCCAUCCAAGAGAUUAAACAAUAGAGAGAUAAGAGUAGGAUGGUAUGAUAGAGAAGACCCUGGCUUUGGAGUCUGAGAACCAAGAUUCAACUCUCAGCCUAAUCACUGAGGGGUGUACAAACCUCCAAACUAUGAUUUCAUCAUUACACAAUGAUGACAACACCCAAUACAUCUGGUCAGUCUCGGCACAUCUUAGGCGGCCUGGGCAAUAUGAGCACCCAAGGUUCCACACAUACCGGCCUCACUCUGCCAGUUCUGGCUCAUUCAGGAAAAUACUUGGCUUCUAUUGUGUCUCUGCUAGAGGAUGAGGAGGCUAGUAAAAUAUUUCAGAACAUCCUGACAGAGCCACAACAUGCCUAAGAAGAUCACAGCUCUUUUCCAAGCUCCCCUGGACAGCAAGUGUGAGGCAAGGCAAUGCAGUUAGACAGACAGACAUGUUGUCUCUCCAGAUGCUU